AGGAGGAAUCCUAACAGAAAUUUUGGAAAAAGACAAGAAUGCAUUACCUGAUGUAGUCCUGAGGCCUACUACAGAUAAUUAUUCCAGAGAUAGGACAGUAGUUGAGAAUAGAGCCGAGACUGUAUUGAAAGAGAUAGAGACAGUCAUACAGAAUUCCCAACAAGACCCAAAAAAUGAAGACUUUAUAAUCGUUACAAGGAAAAAAGGGAAAAAAAAGAAGAUAGACAAGAAAAUAGAUAUUGUGUUGAAUACAAAUAGAUACAAGAAAGCUAGAACAUUCUAG